UAAAGGAGGCUCCAGGGGCAAAGGUCUUUGCCAGCCUUGUAUUUGUGGGAUCAUCACGCAGCCAUCGCUGUGGGCCUUUACAAUCUUGGAUCAGCCCAGUGGCCCAAAGAGCCGGCAAAGAAACUCCUCAUAAGGACAGACAGUCUUCGAAACAUUUUCCCUCCGCCAUGGGGUCAGCUUCGUCCAAGGAUGACUCCGCUCCAGUCAAGACCCCCGAGGCCUCAGUCCCCUUCAGCCUCACCGACGUCUUCCUCUUCUCCAUCAUCAUCGGACUCUUGACCUACUGGUUUUUCUUCCGCAAGAAGAAAGAAGAGGUCCCUGACUUUGCCAAGAUCCAGACGCCAUCCGCAGCACAGUCGACGAAUGACAGCAGCUUCAUUGAAAAAAUGAAAAAGACGGGAAGAAACAUUGUCGUCUUCUAUGGCUCCCAGACGGGGACGGCCGAGGAGUUCGCCAACCGCCUUGCCAAGGACGCCCAUCGCUAUGGGAUGCGGGGCAUGUCUGCCGACCCGGAGGAGUACAACUUGUCUGACCUGAACCGCCUCCCCGAGAUCGACAAAUCCCUGGCGGUCUUCUGCAUGGCCACCUACGGCGAGGGAGACCCCACGGACAACGCCCAGGACUUCUACGACUGGCUGCAGGAGACGGACGCCGAUCUGUCCGGCCUCAAGUUUGCGGUCUUUGGGCUCGGGAACAAGACUUACGAACACUUCAACGCCAUGGGGAAAUAUGUGGACAAGCGGAUGGAGGAACUGGGAGCCCAGCGCAUCUUCGAACUCGGCUUGGGUGAUGACGACGGGAACCUGGAGGAAGACUUCAUCACGUGGCGGGAGCAGUUCUGGCCGGCCGUCUGUGAACACUUUGGCGUGGAGGCGACAGGAGAUGAAUCCAGCAUACGCCAGUAUGAGCUGGUCGUCCACACGGACAUCAACGCAAACAAGGUUUACACCGGCGAGAUGGGUCGGCUGAAGAGUUUCGAGAACCAGAAACCGCCGUUUGAUGCCAAGAACCCCUUCUUGGCUCCUGUGUUGGUGAACCGGAAGCUGAACCAAGGUGGGGAGCGGCACCUCAUGCACCUCGAGGUGGACAUCACCGGGUCUAAGAUCAGAUAUGAGUCUGGAGACCACGUGGCCGUCUAUCCCUGCAAUGACACUUCGCUGGUGAACCAGUUGGGAGAGAUCCUGGGAGCCGAUUUGGAUACGGUCAUUUCCCUAAACAACCUGGAUGAGGAGUCCAACAAGAAGCACCCCUUCCCAUGCCCGACCACCUACCGGACGGCACUGACUCACUACCUGGACAUCACCAACCCGCCACGCACCAACGUCCUCUACGAGCUGGCCCAGUACGCCUCCGCGGCCAGUGAGCAGGAGCACCUGCGCAAGAUGGCCUCCUCCUCCGCCGAAGGCAAGGCCUUGUACCUUAGCUGGGUGGUGGAGGCCCGGAGGAACAUCCUGGCCAUCUUGCAAGACACACCAUCCCUGCGACCGCCUAUUGACCACCUCUGCGAGCUCCUUCCCCGCCUCCAGGCGCGCUACUACUCUAUCGCCUCUUCCUCCAAGGUGCAUUCGAACUCCAUCCACAUCUGUGCGGUGGUGGUGGAGUACACCACCAAGACGGGGCGGGUGAACAAAGGAGUGGCCACGAAUUGGCUCAAGAGCAAGCAGCCCAUGGACAACGGGCACAAGUCCGUGGUGCCCAUGUACGUCCGCAAGUCCCAGUUCCGGCUGCCCUUCAAGUCCAGCACGCCUGUUCUCAUGAUCGGGCCCGGCACCGGCGUGGCUCCCUUUAUAGGCUUCAUCCAGGAGCGGGGAUUGCACAAGAAGCAAGGCAAAGAAGUGGGCGAGACAGUGCUCUACUAUGGCUGCCGGCAUGAGAAUGAGGACUACCUCUACAAGGAGGAACUGGCCAACUUCCUCAAGGAAGGAGCCCUCACGCAGCUCCACGUGGCCUUCUCCCGGGAUCAGGCCCAGAAGGUUUACGUCCAGCACCUUCUGAAGAAGAACAAGGAGAGUGUCUGGAAGCUGAUCCACGAAGACAACGGCCACAUCUACGUCUGCGGAGACGCCCGCAACAUGGCCCGCGACGUGCAGAACACCUUCUACGAGAUCGUGGCCGAGUUCGGCAAGAUGGACCAGCCGCAGGCGGUGGACUACAUCAAGAAGCUCAUGACCAAGGGCCGCUACUCCUUGGACAUCUGGAGUUAAGGGGGGUGGAGACUUAUUCGCCGGGGAGAGGAGGAGGAGGAGGAGGUGGCGGUGCUUCUCAAAGGGUUGGUGGAAGGGAAGAAAGUGUCCCUCCGCCGAUCCGAUCCGCUCCCUUUUGGGACUUUUGGGGCUCUUUGGCGAGGAGAAAACACACGGCCCCCUUUCCUCUCCCUUCCCUCCUUUAUCGCCUGCUUCUCUCGCAGACGAGGGAGUGCCCGUCUUUCUUCCUCGAUACAUCUUUCAUUCUUUCUUUUUUUGUCUCGGAAGCGUCUCUUUUGGGCGAGACGCCUCCGCUGGCCCCAGACUCAAAACUACGACGACACUCUUAUUAUUAUUCUUCUCGCUUUCCUUCCUUUGGCCUGUUCGGAAACCCAUUCGGGGAGGAGCUUUGGGUGGCUGCUUGGCGUUUUUCUCUCUCUCCUUUCUCAACACGGGGAACAGGGCAGGAAAAUGGCUCAUUUCGAGACCGGUUUCCUUCGGAGCGGAGGAAUCGGCGAAACGGUUUGCGCUGGGCUUCGUUUCCGUUUUCUUACUCCCCAACUCGGCGGCAAAACCUCUUUCGACCAACCGCCGAACUAAUGCUUCUCCAGUCAAAUUUGCUCGAAAAUCCUCGAAACACUGGGGGGAUUUGGCUGGCAGGGCCUUCCCGUUGUGGCCUCGCUUGCUCCUUUCCGCACAUUGAAGCUGCUAUGGGGCCCCAAACAGUCUCUAUUUGCAUUCGGUCCCCCGCCGAAUGUACGUAAGGUUAAGGAGACUUGCUCUUCAAAUAAAAACAACCCUUGGUUCUUUUGCACCA